UUGGUAAUGAAAGACACGAGGGGACUGAGUUUCUAAAGUUAAGAGGUGAGGUCCAAAAACAUGAAACCAUUUAUUAGUCCAAUUGUCUUCAACCUCCGCUCUUUAUUCCCCUACGACCCGAAACAGACAAAUCUCCGCCAGCCGCCGCCACAUGCCACCUGCCGGCCCCCCUCUCUCUCUGUAUUGCUUUUUAAAUUUAUUCCUAACAACCAAAUAUGAAAACCAAGUUCUUCCUCUGUAUGCGCCCUCCGGUCAUCGAAACAGAAGACGGAGACUACAUAAAACCACCGCCAACAGUCGGGUCAUCAUAUUCUACCGUCUCCAGUAAAACCUCCGGCCGCCGUAAUCGAGAUUUACAGCAGAGGAAAAGGGUUGCUGCUGAGAGAUACAUCCAUCAACUUCCUGUGAAGUCAAAUAGUAACCCUUUUUCCGGCGACAUAUCGGAAGGUAAGUCAGAAAGCUAUGUUGAGAUAGAUCCUCAAAAGUCGCAGGAAAACACUGGUCCAGUUUCGGAAACUAAUCUUUCGAUAUCUUUUCCCGCCGAAAAAUCAGCUUCUCAUAAAAAACUGAGUAUAAACUUAAAUGGUAAAGUCAACGGUGGUCUUCAAUCGAAUUCUGGGGUGUAUUUAAUGGUUAGUAGUCUAUUUUUCACAAUGUUUUUGGGAAAGUUUUUAGGGAUUCUGUGUACUUUGAUAUUGGUUUGCUCUGUUUAUCCUCACCGGAAAGAUGAUAGAAAUAAUGGUCAGAGAUCGAUAAACAUGGUGGCAAACUUGCCGGAAAAAGGGUCGCCGGAGGAUGACAAGAAGAGAGUCAUAAUGGAAGGACUGCUGAACAGGAAGAGCCAUAAUCGAGAAAGCAUUAAAUUUUUUAGUUGAGAACUUUGAUGCAUAUCAACUUCAGUGAUUUUAGAGUAAUUUUAAGAAAAAAGAAACACACAUUUAUGUUAGAAUGUAAACAAUUUAGUUUUUUAUGUUUGCCCAUUAAUCAAGUGAUCAUAUCCAAAAAUAUAUUAUGAUUUAA